AUGGUUCCAGCCCCAAUUGACCCCAGCAUCAAAGAUGUCGCCGAACCCAUCAAAGACACACUCAAGAUCCCCGACCCAGCUAAGCAGCGUCUCGAGAAAUCGGGUGUAGACCUCUCCAAAGGCUAUCCCUACCGUCCCUCUCGCCCUUUGUAUCUCGAUGAUGUCUACAAGAUUAGAGACAAGCCUCGCGAUCAUAUCGACGCUGGUGCUCGAGCUGACAAGUCAAAGAAGAGCCUUCUGUCCGCUGCGACAAAGGUCACUGAUCUGACAGCUUACAUCGGAACUGAAAUUGAAGGUCUGCAGUUGAAGGAUCUCACUAAUCAGCAGCGAGAUGAACUCGCGCUGCUCAUCGCCGAGAGAAGUGUUGUGUUUUUCAGAGAUCAGGAUCUUUCGCCACAGCAGCAGAAGGAGCUUGGAGAGUGGUACGGUGAGGUUGAAAUUCACCCUCAAGUCCCUCAUGUCCCUGGCGUCCCAGGAGUAAGCGUCCUCUGGCCCGAUCUCAUGGCUCAAGAGCGCCCAGCCAGUUUCCGUCAACCUGGCGGUGCAUCGCGCUGGCACACAGAUCUCGUCCAUGAGAAGCAACCAGCAGGUAUCACACAUCUCCACAACGAUACUAUCCCAUCUGUUGGUGGAGAUACCCUCUGGGCAUCUGGCUACGCUGCAUAUGAGAAGCUCUCCCCAGAGUUCCGCAAGAUCAUUGAUGGCCGGGAGGCUGUUUACCGCUCUGCUCACCCCUACCUGGACCGUGAUCAUCCCGAACAAGGUCCAAAGUACAUUGAGCGCAUUCACCCUAUUGUUCGUGUUCAUCCUGCCACGGGCUGGAAGGCGCUCUGGGUGAACCGUGCGAUGACAGAUAGGAUUGUUGGUCUCGAUCGGGCGGAGAGUGAUGUUAUUCUCAAUUACUUGUAUGAUGUUUAUGAGCAGAACGUUGACAUUCAAGUCCGAUUUAAGUGGACGCCCAGGACCUCAGCGCUUUGGGACAACCGUAUCACUAUCCAUAAUGCAAGCUGGGACUAUAGUGGAAGAGAACCGCGACAUGGCACGCGAGUGACUUCUUUGGCUGAGAAGCCAUACUUUGAUGCAUCGGCUCCUACGCGUCGUGAGGCACUGGGUCUUUUGGGAGACAGUGAGAAGAAGGAACUUGAGGAGUCAAAGUGA